UUGGACUGUACACAGUGUGUACAUCCCACACACUUUUUACCCAGUAAAAAUGAAUUAUUCAUCAUACAACUUUUUUUUUUUUAACAACGUUUUCCAUUCAACAGCAUAAAACACAACGCAGUCAUUUAUGAAAAUGACAUUUCAUGGUGAUCAUUAAAUAAAUGCCUGCCCACCCGCCGCUCAACCAAACUUCGGAAAUCCCCCCACCUCCCUUGUGGGUGUGUCUACAAAUGAGGGGCAUAACAUGGAGCCAGUAGUAACUUUCCAUCUAAGCUUUCACACCAAUCAAAUGCAAGAAUGGGCAAUGCUAAAGGUAGAUUAACUUUGUUCCACUUGUAAAUAAUCUUACGAAGAGUAACAGUGAUGCAGGCUGCGGGGUGUGUUAGCUUUAAAAAGAUGUCGCGAUUGGUUUUCUCUGGGAGCCUGUCGUUGACAACACGAAGACCAAAGCAGCGGUGCAUUGUAUUCGUGUAAAGGCUUGUGCUGUAAAUGAAAAUGGGAUUCCCAGUGUAACGUGUUGACUGACUGUGAGACGCAGGUUGUUAGGACUUGAUUGAUUACAGAGUUGACCAGUCAAUGCAGUGGCAUUAAAAGACAAGAACAUGCAGAAAACUGAACAUCUCAAAGGAAUAUCACCAUGAUUCAUUUAUUUUUAUGUUACUGCAAUGCAAAGGCCCUUUCUAAUGUGCAGAAGCUCAUGUUUUAAUCUGGUGUCAUAAUGAGUUCGGCCUUAUGGAGUCAAGACAAGAUGAACACAGCCUUCCGGGAGGAUCCUCGCUACUACAUACUGGUGCAGGAAUGCGUGGUGGAGAAGCCUCCUCAGAAGUACUUGAAGAUCCCCAGGGGAAGCAUUGGACAGUCGUGCCAAGAGCGUUCAUCCAUGGGCCGCCCCAUUCCAGCCAACAAAGGCAAGAAGAGUUUGAGGAUCCUGGAGCAGCCCAGUGUGGUCUUCAGCUUCGAUGAGAAGGACAUUGCUGACAUCGAUGAGAAGCUUUCUGAGUUGCUGUUAGCGAUUACGAACUGUGAAGAUCGCUACUGCCUCUUCAAGAACAAGCCCAGGCUUGAACAGCUACAGCAAAUAGACUGUGGUUCAAAAGUCAAAGUUCAGCUCCGGUCUGGGGAUGACAAACUGCCAGGGGUGGUGAGGUUCAAAGGGCCUCUGAUGUCAGAACUGACAGUUUCAGGAAUCUGGUUUGGGGUAGAGUUGUUGGAAGAAGGGAGGGGCCACGGCUUCACCGAGGGCUCCUACCAAAGCAAGCAGCUCUUUCGCUGCGAGGAUGAGUGUGGGGUCUUUGUGGCCCUGGACAAGCUGGAGCUGUGGAAGGAGGAGGAGGAGGAGGAAGAGGAGGAGAAUAAUGAAGAAGAUGAAGAUGAAGACCUGGAGACGGACCAUUCUGCACAGGCGGACCCCCGGGACAGUGACUGGAGAGCAGUGCCGCUGGAGAUCAACUCCAGAGUGAUAGUGAAGCACGGAGAGGAAGCGGAGCACGGGACUGUCAUAUUCUGUGAUCUUCUGCCCGGGAAUGAAGCUUUAGGUUUCUAUGUUGGAGUGGACAUGGACAAGCCUAUCGGUGACUGGGAUGGAGUGAUAAAUAACAAACUGCUGUGUAGUUUCGCAAGCGUAGAACACACUUGUCUUGUGCAUAUUGAUAAUGUGAUGCCAGAGUUCCCCAUGCAGGACCAGAGACUACAGAAACACAUCUUUGCAUCAAGAGGGGUAGGAGAGAGGAGCGUGUCCAAUCAGAGCAAGCCCAAAUCUAAAGGAAUUACUUCACAGUCUGGAAGUAGAAGCAGAUCUGCAUUUUAUUACACUUUAAAUGGCAGCACUAUUGAUCACCAGCCCCAAUCCAAAUCAAAAAGCACAUGGUACAUUGAUGAAGUUGGAGAAGAUCCUGCCAAGUCCCUCCUGGACACCUCCCCUGGGUUCGGCCAGACCUCUCCUCCCUCCCGGCUUACCCCCACUCCGUCGCUGUCUGGCGAGAGCAAGUUCCACUCGCUGCCCUUCAACCUGACCAGCAAGAGUGGCCCCAACGGCAGCAUCAGCCCCACGCCGCUCUCCCUGUCCGUGCAGUCUGUCAUCGGGGACGCCCACGAGGCCCCAGCCCUCACAGUGCCUCUCCGGAACUGGUAUGGCCUGGAGGUGGGGUCCCUGGCGGAGGUGAAGGAGAAUCCACCUCUCUACGGAGUGAUCCGCUGGGUGGGGCAGCCCCCUGGGCUCACUGAGCCGUUAGCUGGACUGGAACUGGAGGACGAAUGUGCUGGCUCUACAGACGGCACCUUCAAGGGCAUGCGCUACUUCACCUGCGCGUCGAAGAAAGCUCUGUUCGUCAAACUGAAGAGCUGCAGGCCAGACUCCAGAUUCCCGUCUCCGCACCACUCCUCCAACCAGAUCGAGCGCUGCAAUUCAAUAGCAUUCGGAGGCUACCUGAGUGAGGUGGUGGAGCAGAACACCCCUCCCAAAAUGGACAUGGAGGGGCUGGAGGUCAUGGUGGGGAAGAAGAAAGGAAUCCAGGGGCAUUACAACUCCUGUUACCUGGACUCCACUUUAUUCUGCCUGUUUUCCUUCAGCUCAGUCCUCGACACAGUGCUGCUGAGACCGAGGGGUAGAAGUGACGUGGAGUACUAUAGAGAGACUCAGGAUCUGCUGCGGACCGAGAUUGUGAACCCUCUGCGCAUAUUUGGAUAUGUGUGCGCUACGAAAAUAAUGAAACUUCGGAGAAUACUUGAGAAAGUGGAAGCUGCUUCUGGAUUCACCUCAGAGGAGAAAGAUCCAGAAGAAUUUCUGAACAUACUCUUCCAUCAUAUUUUACGAGUGGAUCCAUUGUUGAAAGUUCGGUCAAUGGGGCAGAAAGUCCAAGACUGUUACUUUUACCAAAUCUUCAUGGACAAAAAUGAAAAGGUUGGCGUCCCAACUAGCCAACAGUUGCUGGAAUGGUCCUUCAUUAACAGUGACUUGAAGUUUGCUGAGGCUCCAUCAUGCCUUAUUAUCCAAAUGCCUCGGUUUGGAAAAGACUUCAAGAUGUUCAACAAAAUCUUUCCUUCUCUGGAAGUGGACAUCACUGAUUUACUCGAAGACACUCCCAGGGAGUGCCGAAUCUGCGGUGGACUGGCCCUCUACGAAUGCAGGGAGUGCUACGAGGAUGCAGACAUCACAGCUGGCAAAAUCAAGCAGUUCUGUGAAAAGUGCAACACACAAGUGCAUCUCCACCCCCAGAGAAAAGGGCACCAGUUGGGCAAGCUGUCCCUCCCGAAGGAGCUGGCGGACUGUGCCUGGUGGCAGGGCAGAUUCCCCAGGCAGAGGAUGGAGCUCUUCGCGGUGCUCUGUAUAGAGACUAGUCACUACGUGGCGUUCGUCAAGUACGGCCCGGGGGAAUCGGCCUGGCUCUUCUUCGACAGCAUGGCAGACCGGGACGGAGGACAGAAUGGUUUCAAUAUCCCCCAGGUCACGCCCUGUCCAGAGGUCGGCGCAUACCUCAAGAUGACCCCUGAAGAGCUCCACGCGCUGGACCCCAAGAGUAUUCAAGGCUUCGCACGGAGACUGUUGUGUGACGCGUACAUGUACAUGUAUCAGAGCCCGACCAUGAGUUUAUACAAGUGAAAUGAAUGGACCUGAUGCUGAGGAUAUACUAGCAAAAUACGGAGCUCUAAACCAAGCAGUCUCGAGUUGUUCUUGUCGUACUCCAUUCCACACACUCGAUGGACAAAGGGAACUUGCUUCAUAUUUUUGAAGAGUACAUGCAUGAAAGCAUCAAAUAGCAACUUUUAUUGCUUGAUUAUGUAUGUCAGGCACAUAUAUAAUACAGUGGGUGGCAAUGAGCUAAUAAAGAGUUCAAAUAAAUUACUUGAAGGAAGAUUUUAAAAAAAAGGGUUAUUUUACCAGGUCCCGUCUCUCACAACAUCACUGGUCUGUGUAGGUGUGUUAAACUACAAGGUAACCCUCCACCCUUUAUUUUUUAACAGUGCUUGCAGUUGCAUUUCUGAUUUACCUAUCUUGAGUUGUGUUCAGAUACUGAAUGCUCAGUGCCACUUAAGUACUAGAGUAAGACCACAAAAUGAGAACAUACUCAUCAAAUCAAGGAAGGAUAGAAGUAUGUGAAAGUAAAUAUGACUGAAUGAAGAGGUUUAACAUAUACCAGGUCUUUGGGUCAGGUGGCAGAGUUACUGGAGCCAGCAUUUUGUAUGAUAGAUUACAUGAUUGUCUCAUUCUAAAAUCAUUUAUUGCGCAACUUACAUAGGACGGGUCAGAAGUCAUGCACCAUAGAGUGGUUUAGCUGGAGGAAAAUAUUUCUGUAUAGAGCACAGUUUGGCUAAGGAUUGUUAAAACAAGUUUUGGUAUGACUUAGUAUAAACAACAUUUCCACCUGUGCAAAUGGAGUGCUUUUCACUUUUUUAUAUCCCUGUCUUGUAAGUGAUGGUCACAAAGACAUAUCUUCAGGUGUAUGGGCUGACAGAACAGUCACACUGACGGAUGCACCUGCUUUUUUGUCAUUUCUUAUUAAGGUCUCUUCAUAUCCUUUCAGUGAGUGACCCUAGCCAAACUUAAUAUGUGACAUUUCACAGUUUAUGUUCAGGCUUCUUCUUUUUUUUUUUUUUUUGCAUUGCCCAGAGAGCAUUUAUCUGGCUGCAGUGUUAAACGAUUGGGUUGCUUUCUGCUUUUCUAAACUACCACAGUCUGCUUUAAUCAACACUGAGUGAGCAACACUGUUUUUUUAGCAAUAGGCUUGUGUGCGCUGCCUGACAAAAACAAUCACUUGUGUAUAUGCAUUGCCUGUUUUUAUAUUGAUACCAAAGUAUCUGAAGCACAUUAGAGUCUGUUCUGAACACUGAAAAGCAAAGACACUUAGCUUGAAAUUGAAUUAGAUAAAUAAUCUAGCCCAGCGAUAGAUAGAUCUGCACUGUAGUGCCAAGAAUGAAAAUGCCUCUAGACAAUGAUUUGGCUACUGCAGCAUUCAGUAUGGAUCAAGGACCCAGUUAAGAUGCUACUUUAACAAGAAUGGAAUGGCAGUGAGAGCCGAAAGUAGAAGGCUUCAUUGAUAUACAUAAAAAGCAAACUACCUUGAGGAACAUAAUGAGGAAAUAGGUGAAACCAAGACUUACUGAUGUAAAAACAAACUUUAAAAUAAACAGCAACACAUUUCAGCUUACCUUUACUAAUGCAUCUUCAGAUACAAGACCUGUUGAAAUGCCGUGUCCUGUGGUUUAAAAAUAGAAAAGAAGAAACAUUAAGUUCUCUGCAUAACAGACUAUAUGACUUAAGCAGUAAGUAACAUGCUUUUUAAACCAGGGAUCUGGUUGAUGACUAAAACCAGCUCUUGGUCAAGAACACUCCAUUUAGGGCUGCUCUGAAUUGGGGUUCCUGCUGACUGUAAUGUACUGUCAUUGUGUUUAAGCAAUUGUGCAAUUAAUCGUGUGGCAUUAUCUUCUUCAUCUGUAAAUAUAAAAUGUCUUGGGUUAUCCAGAAGAAGCCUUACUGCAUUUGAAAUGGAAACAGAAGAAUGUUUCCUGUGUAUCUGUAAAGAAUGUGUAUUGUUUACUGUAUUUAACUCCUGUGUUACUCAGAAAUGUUUUCUUUGAUGUUCACUUAAUUAAAUACUGUUUUUGGGGAAAGGUUAUAUUAUAUUAUGUAGAACUGUCCUAGAAUACUUGACUGGAUGAGUGACCUCUAUUCAGUAACCCAGACAUACUUAACUAUCUGUCCACAACUGUGAUCUAAGGGUCAAGAUCAGACCUUUGUGAGAAAUGCAGGCUUGCUCACAACAAUUUUGUACAAGUCUGCUGGAACAAAUAGCAAACUAUUCCAAGGCAGCAGUCGUACCUCUUAAUCGAUACAGAGAAUGUUUCUUGAGCAACCAAACACAAACGUUGAAUGGGCUACGUAACCCUGCAUUAAUUUUUCAUGAUGUUUUGAGGAUGGGAAGUGGGAUUUGACAUGUUAUUUCGGUGUGUACUUUGAGAAUACCACACUACAUUAUUUGAGUCAUAAUAAAACCUAUCCCUUAAGCACAGAUCCAGCCAACCUGCAACAGGAGUUCAAAUCAGCCUGUGAGCUUUCAUACACCAAGAAGCUCUGUACACCCAUCACUUGUUCAUACUAACAGAGUGGGAGGUAUUUUCUUGGCUUUAAUACUGAAAAACAGACACGAGUCACAAAGUGCUGUGUUUUGUUUUUUUAAUUUGUGUAUGAUUACUAUCGAAUCCUCUGCUAGAUGAGUAAGCUCUUAUUCUUGCAGAUCUGCUGGUAUUCAAGUUCUAAUGCUCUUCUGAUGCUUUGCCUUGUGACCCUACUGUCUAUUAAAACUGAACUACUACAAAUAGGUUUGCUUUUAACACAUCACAUUGGGUUGAUGCUGUUUAAAUCCGACUGCUCUGGAGUGCUGCAGUGGGAACGAGUCAGCUUUGUGAAAGGGCGAUGUUUAGUGCAGUGGCUGCGUACCGCAGAGCUAACAAAAAAAAAAAACGGGAUAUGUGCAAAAUGAAAUAAUAAAGUUGUGCUGUGCAUGUUUUUGACACACAUAUAUAUAUAAUUAUUUUUUAUCAAAAUAGG